AUGCACCACCGAAAAGUUAUUCCACUAUACAAUUUGCUAUGGGCAGAGGUUUCUGGAAAGGAACUAGUUCUAUAUCAUGCAAAUCAGACCUCCAAAAAGUCACUUAUAUGCAAACAAUGGGGCCUGAAGGCGUCAGCAUUUGGGACCGAACAUGAGAGUGAUACUUCCGAAUACUUUGUUACUACAUGGCUGUCUCGAGCCUGUGGCAAGGCCCUACAGAAGAAGCGGGCCUAUGUACUCAUCAAUCCAAACUCAGGCUCUGGUGGUGCCCUAAAAACGGCACGGAUGAAGCUAGAAAUUAGCGACAUUAACGAAUUCGACACAAUCACGGCGUGCUCGGGCGAUGGGACGCCACACGAGAUCUUCAAUGGCCUAGCAAAGAGACCAGAUGCUGGGAUAGUUCUACAAAAAGCCUCCAUGAGCCAUAUUCCUUGCGGCUCUGCUAAUGCUCUGUCUUACAACCUCUACGAGAUCAUGUCUUUCCUGACUCAGGCUUUGGGGAUUUUGGCUGAAGGUGAUCUUGCAACCGAGCACUUGCGAUGGAUGGGCAAUAAUCGCUUCACUAUUGGCGUGGCGCAGCGUGUCUUUCGUCGUAAAUGCUACCCAUGUGGCCUUGCUGUCCAGAUUGAAAUGAAUGACAAGUCUCGGCCUACAGUGCUGAAAAUAGCAUUGGCGACAGCGACCACGGACUUCCAAUGCUGGAAAUAUGGAACGAUAAAAGGCCCAAUACCCGAUUCAUGGACCGCUAUCUCCGAUGAUAAGGUAGGAAACGUUUAUUGUGGUAAUUUAUGUACAAUACUUUUCGGUUCGCAUUGUCCAUGCCAUAACUAUGUGGGACCGGAUGUCAGAUAUUUCCUCGCCGCAAUUGAUUCAUAUGGUAAUAUGGAUAUAGUUACUAUGAACGGCGACAUGUCUAUAUUUAAAACUAUCAAAGCGCUGCUGUCUAUUGGCUCGCCGAGAUUUUUCAACAGUCCUCAUGUCAAGUACAAGAAGAUCUCGGCUUAUCGAAUCACACCUAGGGACCAGGAGGAUGGUUAUAUUAGCAUUGAUGGCAAACAAGUGCCUUUUGAGCUGUUUCAAGCCGAAAUACAUCGUAGGUUAGGGCGAGUUCUGUCAAAGCCUGCAAGGCUUAAUACUGUUAGGAUGGGAAUGUUAUAA